CCCGCCGUACCCCCGUUACCAUAGUAGUAACAGCACAGACCGAGAUCGCAGCAAAGAAUAUAUUGACGUUUUCGUUGCAUAAAUUUCUGGAUCUUUCCUGUCUUUACUCGCCUUGGUUUUCUGCAGCACUGUGUUUUCAGGGAUUAUAUUCUUCCAUCUCCAGUUGCAACUAUAUCAGGGGGUUUUCUACAAUGGCUUAAUGGGUUUUAGGAUUGUACAGUAAGCAUGUCAGUAGUAAAGGUAUACCAGAGGGAACAAAAAGGCAAAGAGUUUGGCAGUUCGAUGGAGAAAAAGGAGCCUAGUAUAAGGAAUGUUCAUGCUCCAGAAACUCCUGUAAAGCUUCCGCCUCUACCAGCAAGGCCACAGCUGGUCUAUGUUAGAAGGCGCUCUGGACAUGAUACAGAAAUUAUUCAGGCCAGAAUUGAAACCGAAGAGGCUCGAGACCCAAUUUGUGCAAUUAUUACUGCCGCUACUUUCACAACCAAGAAUGGAGAUUCCAACAAUUCAAGCAUGCCAGUGGAUGACUGCAAGUAUUUGCACACUGCUGAUGUUUUUCAGAUAGAUUCCAACAAAAGUAUCUAUGACUUCGACGAAAAUUCUGCUGCUUCUGUUCAUGGUUCUCAGGCAAUUGGAGAUUCAGGAGAAGGUCUUUUUAAAGAAGGCUUUCAAUCUGUAAACCAUGAUCUCUUGUCCAUUCCAGACCUGGAGGAGAGUGAAAACAGCAAAGACCGGUCCUAUGAUAAAAAACAACAUGGUUUAAUCUCUCACAUGAAUGAUGAGAAGCUUGAUCGUAUCGAGUGCUCAAAGCCUGUUGAGCCAGUAAUGAUUUCGAUUCCAUUGCCGAAGAGAAGUGGGAACAAAAGACCAAACAAUGGCAUAGAUAAGAACAAAAAGCCAGCGAAGAAACCCGAAACGAAGAAGCAUAGAGCCAAAGUUGCUGUUGAAGGUAAACCGAAAAGAACUCCGAAAAAGAUGACAAAACCUUCAACUCCAAACGAGAAGAGGAAGUGUGUUAAAAAAACUCUUCCUAUCAGAAGAAGCCAAGAGAGUUCAGUGACAGAGGAUCAUAAAGAAGUUGCUGAAAUACCGAAGACGGAAAAUUUGCCAGUUGAUGACAAAAGGAUGGCUAUGGUUAGUAAUGUCAACCGUGACUUGAAAGAUGACAACAAGAUGGCUAUGGUUAGUAAUGUCAACCAUGAGUUGAAAGAUGACAACAGAUUGGGAUUAGAUUCAACUAUGCAAGAUGGCAUGGAUAAAAAAAGUGGAGCAAUGGUUUUGUUGAAUGGUUUUGACUUGGGGUUCGAUUCAAAUCAGAAUGAACUAAGAUGGAAUGUUCGUGCAUUGAGGUCUGUGGGAGAGUAUUGGCCGAAACCUGGUUGUCAUCAAUACAAUUCUUUACAGGCUUAUAAAAGGAUAUUUAAAGUAGACUCCUGUCUCAGUAAUAGCAGAAGGGUUGUGCCUAGUGUUCUUAAAAGAUGCAUGAAAAAAAGGAUGAAGAGGAGGCGGAAACUGAACAUGUUCAGUGCUUUAGGGUCGUCCGAUCACUUUAGGGGCCAUGUAAGAAAGAAAAGAUCUGAGAUGUUUACUCGAAGAGUCGAUUUCACUUCUCUCAUUGCAGGAUUCGCAGAGAUAGAUGAAGUUUUAGUGACAGCUCCUCGGGAUCAUAUAGCUGUUCUUGAAGAACAGGAGCUUCAAAUAACAGACAAAGUAAAGGGAGAAAACCUCGAAAGUCUAACAGAGGACUGCAUUGAGGUUGGGCUUUCUCUUGACAAGCUCUAAACAGUGAAUUUAAUGGAUUCCAAAGCAUAAAGCUCCCCUGAGAUGGUACCCUAUGCUGCAAAACCAAAGUUUCAGGAUGGUAAAAGCAAACAACGGGAGUAAAAAAUGAUGAAUCAAAUCACUGACGAAUCAAUAAAAGCUGGACCGAAAGCUUUCGAAGAAGAAAGUGGUGUUUUUCUCAAGACAGUUAAUCGUGCUGUAAUGAAUAAACUUGGCGAUCAACUACAGAAAUUAAGCACCAAACGACACUGGCUGGCUGGGUCCUUGCAGACGGAAAAGCAAACCGGAACAUAUGGUCGAUGGAACAACAUGCAGAAAGACCAGUGAGAUACAUGCUGUAGUUCCCUAUCAGGGCCGUGGCAGAGCAAAACAUGAAGUUGAUCUGGAUCCAGAGUCAUUGAGAAAGUGGAAUCAACUGUUGAAAAUAUAUAGUGGAGUGGAUGAAGAAAAAGAAGACGGGGAAAGGGAGCAAUGGUGGCGAAGAGAACUAUUAACUUUCCAAGGACGAAUAGAUCUAUUUAUUUCUCUGUUGCAUCAGGUUCUAGGUAUAUGACUAUAAUCUAUUGAAUUUGGAAGCUGAUCCCUGAUCAAUGAAUCAUGAAUUCGAUGAACAAUCUGAGAAUGCGCCGACAUCUGUCCACUUGACAAUAUUUUUAAUCUUCCGUCCUGUUGUUCAUUCAUGUCGUUUCCCGUAAAGAUCUAGAAGCUGAGCUAAUAAAUCAAUGCUGUUUUUGCAAUUUCUAAGAACAAAAAUCGGAAAGAACUUUCAACUGAUUAGUCAUAGCUUAUGUUGCUGUAUUAAAUUUAGACAGACAUUUAACUGUACGAUUGAAGGACACAUUGCAUGCUUCUCGGGUGAUAGGAGGUUCAAACAGUGGAAUGGUUCUGUUGUGGAGUCGGUGGUAGGAGUUCUCCUUACCCAAAAUGUUGCAGACCAUCUGUCGAAAAGCCUGUAUGCUCGCCAGGUGAACCGGUGCAAAGAAAGAGCGGGAAAGAAGGUAAUGAUGAAACUGAAAUAAAGAACAGAAGCCAGAAUGGGAAAGCAGCUUCUAAGGGAAGAAUAAAAUUGUUAAAGACAUGGUACUCAGUAGAAGGAAAAGGGGGAGUUUAGGAAAGAUCUAUUCUAGACCAAGAAGCAAGGAUCAAAUGGAUUCCGUGGAUUGGGAGGCAGUAAGACAAGCAGAAACUAGUGAAAUUGCAAACAUCAUCGAAGCACGUGGUCAGCAAACUAUUAUAGCAGGGAGACUCAAGGGAUUUCUAAAUAGAGUUGUGAAGAUGCAUAAAAACAUAGAUCUGGAAUGGUUACGAUAUGCUCCACCUGAUGAUGUGAAGGAAGUCCUGAUAUAGAUAUCUUUUACAAGAUGCCCAGCAAGUGAUUCGGUAUGACUUGCUUUCUCGUUAAGUUUUCCAAAUCUCUUCACUACGUUGCCAUCUACUUGUAGGGAUUACCUGUUGGAGUUCACUGGAAUGGGCUUGAAAAGCGUGGAAUGUGUACGACUUCUGUCUCUUCAACAUGUUGCCUUUCCAGUUGAUAUAAAUGUUGCUCGGACAGUUGUUCGUUUAGGUGCCCCCCCCCCCCCCCCCCGCCCCCCUGAAACCUCUCCCUGGAAGCCUUCAGCUCCACCUUAUAGAAGAGUUCCCGAUAUUGGAUAAAAUUCAGAAAUACCUCUGGCCCAUACUAUGCGUGCUUGACCAUAGAACACUGUAAUCCUGACCACUCUUUCCAUUUUAACUAUUUGUCUCACAAUUGUUUCUUCUCACAUUUGUUUCAUCAUAACCAAGAAACAAUUGCUGACUCCAUAUAUUAUCCAAGGCAGCUAUGAGCUGCACUAUCAUAUGAUAACCUUUGGAAAGCCUAGUGGAACUUCUAGUUCAUUGGAAACAACUGUGUUGUUACAAAUCCAAUGUCAGUUACCUUUUUAGAUGGCAACAGGACUACAGAAUCUGGUCCAAACGGUCACACUUGCAAACCCAUAGUUGAAGAGCCAAAAUCACCACUACAUGAACAAGAUAUUGAAGAUUUUUCGUGGAAUGAAUGUAUUGAAGAUGAAGAAAUCCCCACUAUCAAACUCAAUCAUGAAGAGUUCAAUCCAAAUGGGCAAAAGACUCCAUACAGCAGUUAUACGUCACCAGCUUUAGUUUCUGUGGGUGCUACUCCAUUGCCAGCACCUAAAAUGAAGUGUGUGAUCUCUUUGCGGACUGAACAUCAAGUGUAUGAACUUCCAGAUAAUCAUGACCUUCUGGUUUGGCUCGACAAAAGAGAAAAGGAUGAUUCAGUACCCUUCCUUCUCUCUAUAUGGCAAGCAGGUGAAACUCCAAAUUCAAGCCAGCCACCUGUGAAAUUAUGCAACUCACAAGGAUCACAACUCUGUGAUCAGAGAACAUGUUUUGCUUGUGAAGGUAUUUGAGAACAAAAGGCUGGUAUAGUUCGUGGAACAAUUUUGAUACCAUGCAGGAUAGCUAUGAAAGGAAGCUUUCCACUCAAUGGCACAUAUUUUCAAGUUAAUGAGGUGAGUAGACCCAAAGAGAAAAAAGGAAAGAGAGAGUUCCAGUCGCAGGAAUUUGAAGCCAUCAGCUAGCCUCUAAUAUAAAAGAGGUUCGAGCAUUCGAGCGCGAAACAGGUUCUCCGAAACGUCUUGCAAAGAGAUUCCACUGUGCACUAAGCAGGAUGGAGAAGAACGGAAGGAAAAGAGGUGGUGCUGAAACAGAUGACGCUAAAGCCAUCACUCUAAUGCCUGCCUUAUAGCGUGAACCAUUAAUUUGUGUUGGUUCUCUGAGCCUAAUUCUUGAACAUGUUGUCUUUAUGCAACAUAAACUACAGUCAUUAGUACUACUAAUCCGAAGUCUGUAUUAUCGGAGAAAUCAAAAUAUUUUACCCCAAUUCUCUACAACUCAUGAUCAAAAUGAUGGUUCUUCUGUCUUGAGAAUGG